AUGGGUUCCGAAUCAUCGCCCAAUCUUCCUAUUCUACAUUUUUCCGAUGAAGAUUUGAAGCCUGGAACAGACUCUUGGUUACUAGCGUGCAAGAAUGUUAGACAAGCCCUCGAAGAGUAUGGUUGUUUUAUAGUAGAAUACGAUAAUUUUCCACUAGAACUUCACAACCAAGUGUUCUCCCUCCUGGAAGAAUUGUUUGAUCUCCCAACAGAAACAAAAAUGAAAAACAGAUACGAAAAACCCUUGAACGGCUACAUCGGACAAAUUCCUAAGCUUCCUCUACAUGAAAGCAUGGGCAUCGACAACGCUACCACUCUAGACGCAACUCAAUUCUUCACAAAUCUAAUGUGGCCUCGGGGAAAUGAUCGCUUCUGUGAAUAUAUUUUCAAGUAUGCAAAGGUAGCAGCCGAGUUAGAUCAAAUGGUGACCCGAAUGAUAUUUGAGAGCUAUGGCGUUAAGAAAUAUUAUGAUGCAUAUAUUGAUACAACUACCUACCUUCUCCGGCUCUUGAAGAACCGAGCGGCCCGGGGGAAUGAGCCUAAUCUAGCCUUUGUUUCUCAUACUGACAAGAGUUUCACAACCAUACUUCAUCAAAACCAGAUCAAUGCUCUAGAGGUCGAUACGAGGGAUGGAAAUCGGAUUAACGUAGACUUCUCGUCUCCUUCAUCCUUUGUCGUCAUUGCCGGUGACGCACUAAUGGCAUGGAGCAAUGAUCGGGUGCUUUCUCCUAGCCACCAAGUGGUGAUGAGCGGGAAGACAGACAGGUAUUCUAUGGGGCUAUUUGCUUUCAACAAUGGGACAAUUCAAGUGCCUGAAGAGCUUGUUGCCGAGGAACAUCCAUUAAAAUAUAAGGCCUUUGAGCAUUUGGGGCUCCUCCGCUUCUACCGGACAGACGAGGGUUACAAAUCCAAGUGUCCUAUCAAAGCCUAUUGCGGUGUUUGAAUCUUUAGUUAAUGUAAUAUUAGAACUUUAUCGUGUGAAAUCUCCGAUGUAUAUUUGGUAAAUUUGUGGGUCUGCUUCUGCCAUAGAUUCGCCCGUGUGAUUGCUGCAAUGGCUUCGUAAACCUAUAUACUGUG